GGCGAGAAAAAUAAUAGUGAGUUGAGGGCGCCAUUACAUAAAGUGUGGAAGCCAAUGGUAUAAGAUGUUAGACUCGAGUGUGUUGACUGGGUUCUUUGGAUACUAAUUGUUUGUCAAUUUUUUAAAGUGUCUUUUCUAAACUAAAUCAAGAAAUGCAGAUGGAAAAGGGAAAUUGUAGCAAAUCGGGUUGUCAUGCAUGGAACUGUUAUAUUGACACAGCAAAAUAUGCAUCACAAGGGUAUGUGGAUGUUACUUUUGAUGUGGAUCUGAAUUGCUUCAAGUCAUACAAGAUGAUUUUUAGUGAUAAAGAAAGAUACUGUAGUGACAAAAGUGUGUGGAAAGGACCAUUAUGGAAAAAUGUGACCCCGAAAAAUAGCCCUGUUCAAGAAAGAUUUUCAAACCUAACUGUUGGAAAACAAUAUUAUAUUGUUAUCAGGCCAGGAGAUGAACAGUGUGAGAACUGUUUGGAAAACUUGAGUGAUCCAAAAUGCAUAGGGUGUGUGUGUAAAACUUCAACCUUUCUACUUCCAUCCAAUGGUUAUGAGACUAAAUAUUUAACUGAACCAAGUCCAGAUGUAAUGAACAGUAACUUAGCUCUAGUGCUAGGUGUUGUGUUGGGGGUUGUUGCUCUUUUGUUUAUGGUAACAGUAAUGGUAGCUUUUCGUAGAAGACACAAUUUAAGAAAUCGUGGUAUGGAUAAUCGCAAUAUUACACCUGAAUCUAGUCCUUCUGCUCAUAGUCAUCUAAUGAGUAACCUGCCUAUUCAAAAUGCCAACCUUCAAGUAUCAAUUCUCUAUUCUCAUGACUGUUUGCUGCACACCCAAGUUAUUGAAGCACUGGCUAAGUUUCUAACGAUUAACUUUGGGGUUAAUGUCCUUCUUGAUGUUGAGCAAGAACAUGAAAUUAUGGUCAACCCAGAAGGCUGGGUCCAGGAAUUUGUUGACUACUCCAAGAGAAGUAACAAGAAGAUUAUUAUUAUUGAGUCUGAAGGUGCUGUUAAACAACAGUGGGCUCGACAAAAAGGAGAGAACUUAAAAUCAACUUUUCAUCACCUGGAUUCCCUAUUUAUGUAUGGACUUUCAACUAUAACAAGUGACCUAACAAAAGCCUCUUCAGAUUAUGAACAUCUGCUGGUACUUCGGUUCCCGUAUACUCCAGCACUUUAUGUUCUAGAUCACGUAGUACCAAACCGCAGAUAUCUGAUACCCGACCACAUGCUAGAUCUGUACCAUUCAAUGUUUCAUCAUGUUGACUCCAGUGUCCAAAAUUCAGAAGAACUAUUAGCUCAGUGGCAACAAACCCCAGCUUAUAUGGGUUUACUGAAUGCUUUGAAAGAGAUGGAAGAUUUCACCACUGCUAACCCAAGCUAUAUGGAUCAGUAUUUGCUUAAAGAGUAACACAUCCUAAAGCUAACAUAAAAGUGGUAAAAAAGAAAUAAAAUCAUUUGCUCAAUAACAUGUUUACCAUUGAAAGCUUCUUUUUUCUCUCUAUAAAUAUUACAGUAAUGAAUGAAAUUGUUUUUAAUUCAUUGUUUAGUGCAUUUUUUUCUCUUGGUAAUACAGUGUUUCCAGUAAAAGUCAGUUUUGUAAUUUGGUAAAUCAUUGUACCAAAUAAAUGCAUACCAAAAAGAUUCAUCUAGUUUGCAAAGCUGUGCUGUUAGUGCAAAAAAUCCUACAAAUUUUUAUCAUCUGACACUACAUAUUGUUGAGGUAGUUUAAUAAGCAGUUCUAAGCAAAAAUAUGAGUCAUGUUGUUUAACUGAAUACUGCACAGUUUCUCAUCUUUUGAAUGAUAUAAAAGUAUGUCAAGAAGUAAUGAAAUGAAUUUUACAAAUUUUCAAGUAAAAUUAUACUUCUGAGACUACCAUAAAAGAAUUGUAAACAAAGUACAUACUCAUCCUUGAAAGUCUUUGAAAUUGAGAAUGGAAUUUCAAGGGUUUGAAAGUACUUGAAAGGGGCCUUUUUUGCAAAAAUACUUGAAAAUAUUAUAGUAGCAGAAUAUAUUGAAGUAUCUAACUUUAUUGCAUGUUGCGGAGUUGAGCACAGUAAAUAAAGUAUUUUUUCCUUUUUACUCUACAUUCAUAUGUUGAACAAAUAAAUAGGAAUUAGAUAAAAUUUCAGUGGAAUCCAGUCGAUUUUGAUGUAGAUAUUAGCUUCCAAAAAUUGCUUGAAAAAUAUCCUGAGAGUACAUGGAAAGUGCUUGAAAUUGAUCUGAGCAAUUCAGUAUGAACCAUGUGUAAAACUUCAGCACACUUUACUCUUUAUUCUUAUUAAUUUUGAUGUUGAAAACAUUGGUGGUUUCCUUUUCAAUGUUGAAUUAUAAUUUUAUUGAAAGUAAAAUUUACAACCAUAACAGCUAAUAAGCUUAAAACUAUAAGCAUAUUUGCAUUUAAUACACAUAUCUACAAUGUACUUCUUCUACUGGUGAUUUUACUAAAAUGUUUUAAUUUUGUGUUCACAGCAAACAUCAGUAUUAUGUGUUAUACUGUUUUAUGUUAACUGUGUUUUAAUAAAAGAUGCAAUAAAGGUUACACAUACAGAAAGAUUGAUUAUUUCAAAACCACUUCUUAUAUCUGUGCAAGUUACUUUUCAAGUGUAACAAAGAUUUUCAAGAAGUUAAAAUAAAUAUUUUGUUUUAUUCACAUUACAGCAAACUUGUUUUAUAUUAAAACA